AUGGAGGAUCUCGAGGAGGAAGAGAACGUAGCGGAGGAGGUGUUGGGGUCAAGCUUGACCAUGGAGAAGGUUGCGGCGGCGAAGAAGUUCAUUGAGAAUCAUUAUAGGGCUCAGAUGAAGAACAUCCAAGAGAGGAAGGAGAGGCGUUGGGUGUUAGAAAGAAAAUUAGCAUCUUCGGAUGUGCCAAAUGAGGAGCGAAUCAACCUCAUCAAAGAUUUAGAGAGGAAGGAGACUGAAUAUAUGCGAUUGAAAAGGCACAAGAUUUGUGUUAAUGAUUUUGAACUCUUGACCAUCAUUGGAAGGGGGGCUUUUGGGGAGGUUAGACUGUGUCGGGAGAAGAAAUCGGGAAAUAUUUAUGCUAUGAAAAAGCUGAAGAAAUCUGAAAUGCUUAGGAGAGGCCAGGUGGAACAUGUUAGAGCUGAGAGGAACUUGCUGGCUGAAGUUGCCAGUCACUGCAUUGUUAAACUUUACUACUCAUUUCAGGAUGCUGAGUACUUGUAUUUGAUUAUGGAGUAUCUGCCUGGUGGUGAUGUUAUGACUCUGCUGAUGAGGGAAGACACCUUAAGUGAAAAUGUUGCUAGAUUUUAUAUUGCACAAAGUGUUCUGGCGAUAGAAUCUAUUCACAAACACAAUUACAUUCACAGAGAUAUUAAACCUGAUAACCUACUUCUGGAUAAAAAUGGUCACAUGAAGCUCUCUGAUUUUGGUCUCUGUAAGCCUCUUGAUUGUAUUGCCUUGUCUACACUGCAUGAAAAUCAGACCAUGGAUGAUGAAACUUUGGCAGAGCCAAUGGAUGUUGAUGGAUGUUUGCGAGAUGCGGACAAUCGGAGCAGCUGGAGAAGUCCACGUGAACAGCUUCAACAUUGGCAGAUGAACAGGAGGAAGUUGGCAUUUUCAACAGUGGGGACACCAGACUACAUUGCUCCUGAAGUACUUCUGAAAAAAGGCUAUGGGAUGGAAUGUGAUUGGUGGUCACUGGGAGCAAUAAUGUAUGAAAUGCUGGUUGGUUACCCUCCAUUUUACUCCGAUGACCCAAUAACUACAUGCCGAAAGAUUGUUCACUGGAGACAUCAUUUAAGAUUUCCAGAAGAUACCCAGUUAACACUCGAGGCCAAGGAUCUAAUUUAUAGGUUGCUAUGUGAUGUUGAUCAUAGGUUAGGUACUCGAGGGGCCCAUGAAAUAAAGGCUCAUCCUUGGUUCAAUGGUGUGGAGUGGGAUAAGCUCUAUGAAAUGGAGGCAGCAUUUAAACCUCAAGUCAACGGGGAGCUGGAUACCCAAAACUUCAUGAAGUUUGAUGAGGUGGAUCCACCAACAGCGGCAAGAAGUGGGUCUGGAUCCUCACGAAAGAUGCUAACUACCAAAGAUCUAAGCUUCGUUGGUUACACUUACAAGAACUUCGAUGCUGUAAAGGAAGGGCUUCGUCAAUCUUUUGGUGAUUCCAUGCAAGAUUAUGCUUCUAAACGGGCAGCUGAAGAAACAAGUUUACAAAUGCUUGCGUCUUCUGGAGAUCCCAUGUUGGCUGUGGAAGACUUGCCUUCUCUAGUGGCAGUUGCUGGAUUGGGCUUGAAGCGGAUGGCCAACCAUUUUGUGCUUUGUUUAUCCGUUAUAAAGUUUGUUUCUUUCAAGUUUCGAGCUGAUUCUCUCUCACCAGAGUUGACGGAGAUAAGGAUUUUGAUGGAGGAGAUGUCAACCACGGUUGCAGUGCCAUUGAGAGUAGGUAAUUCAGUGUGUGAUAAGUCAACCAUUUCUACCCACGUGGAUGUGUCUAGAAUUAAGCUGAUGGCAGAUGCAGGGUUGUUAUCCAAUUCUAUAACUAAGGUUUCUACUGAUACUUUUAUUGGUUCGGAUGAGGAUCAUCACGGUGGCCGUCUUGAGGAUGAAGUUGGUAUUACAGCAGUCACACCUCCAGAGCAGGGAAGAGAAGGAGAAAUUCCGAUGUUGGGUAUGGUAUCCCAAAAUAUAAACUCUUUAGUUGUUGGUGAUGAAGCUUUAAUCCCAGAAAUUGAGGAUGAUGAUUUGAUAUCACUGGAAGGUGAUCCAAUUAUUGAUAGUUCUCUUUCAGCAGCCAGUGAGAAUAGUGGAUUUUGUGGAGAUGAGUUCAUCAGUUCUGCUGCAGAUUUGGGGACAACAAGUUCCACAGACAUAGAGAACAGCAUCUCCACUGUCAAAAUUGCAGCUGGGGCUACUGAUUUGGGUGCGUCAAAUGUAGUGAAAGAUGUUGCUGUGAGCCUUGAAGAAGAGACACGACUUAGAUCUGACCCCAAGGCUACUACAGGUGUUCUUCAUCAACAAACUCUGGAAAGAUCUGUGAGUGGAACAGUUGGUAGAAGUGUUUUUGAAUUAGAUUGUACCCCACUUUGGGGAUUUACAUCUGUGUGUGGAAAAAGACCUGAGAUGGAGGAUGCACUUGCAACUGUACCUCGGUUUUUGAAAAUUCCUAUUCACAUGCUAAUUGGUGAUAGGGUACCUGAUGGAAUAGACAAAUGUUUCAAGGAGCAGACAACACAUUUCUUUGGAGUCUAUGAUGGCCAUGGUGGCUCUCAGGUGGCAAAUUAUUGCCGCCAGCGCUUGCACUUGGCCUUGGCCGAAGAAAUAGAAUCUGUCAAGCAAUGUCUAUUAGUUGAGAGUGCCAACGAUGAUUGUCGAGAUCUGUGGAAAAAAGCUUUCACCAAUUGUUUUCUGAAGGUUGAUUCUGAAGUUGGGGGGGAAGUUAAUUCUGAUCCUGUUGCCCCAGAAACUGUUGGAUCCACUGCUGUUGUUGCUAUUAUAUGUUCAUCUCAUAUUGUAGUUUCUAACUGUGGUGAUUCAAGAGCGGUUCUGUGUCGUGGCAAAGAGCCCAUGGCCCUAUCUGUUGAUCAUAAACCAAAUCGAGAUGAUGAAUAUGCUAGAAUUGAGGCAGCUGGAGGCAGGGUGAUACAAUGGAACGGUCACCGAGUUUUUGGUGUUCUUGCUAUGUCAAGGUCUAUUGGUGAUAGGUAUUUGAAGCCAUGGAUUAUUCCAGACCCUGAGGUGACAUUUCUUCCUCGUGCGAAAGAUGAUGAAUGUCUCAUUCUGGCCAGUGAUGGCCUGUGGGAUGUCAUGACAAACGAAGAGGUGUGUGACAUUGCUCGGCGGCGCAUACUUCUCUGGCACAAGAAAAAUGGGUCGGCACGGCCCGCAGAAAGGGGAGAGGGAAUUGAUCCUGCUGCACAAGCAGCUGCAGAGUACCUAUCAAAUCGCGCCCUUCAGAAAGGAAGCAAAGACAACAUCACUGUGAUUGUGGUGGAUUUGAAAGCUCAAAGAAAAUUUAAGAGCAAGACAUGA